AUGGCCUCGCUGCCUCCUCCCCCUCCUCCAGGAUGGGGUGCGUCAGCGCCGCCUUCAAUGCCUUUGGCGCCGCCACCCCCAGGCUACCAGCCGCACGCCGACCCGACCGUCGCGAAAUUUGCGCAGAAGAAAACGGAAUGGCUGCGGACACAACGGAAUCGAUUCGGAGAGAAGAGAAAGGGUGGGUUUGUUGAAUCACAGAAGGCCGAUAUGCCCCCGGAGCAUCUCCGCAAGAUUGUGAGAGACAUUGGCGACGUGUCUCAGAAAAAAUUUACCAACGACAAGCGCAGCUAUCUCGGCGCGCUCAAGUUUAUGCCUCAUGCUGUGCUGAAACUACUAGAGAACAUGCCUAUGCCCUGGGAGUCUACGAGAGAGGUGAAGGUUUUGUACCACGUCAACGGGUGUCUUACUCUUGUUAAUGAGACGCCGAGAGUCAUUGAGCCCGUGUUCCAUGCCCAGUGGGCGACGAUGUGGGUGUGUAUGCGAAGAGAGAAGAGCGAUCGGAGACACUUCAAGCGUAUGCGCUUCCCUCCGUUUGAUGAUGAGGAACCUCCGCUGUCGUGGUCGGAGAAUAUCGAGGAUGUUGAGCCACUGGAGCCGAUUCAGAUGGAACUUGAUGAGUCUGAAGAUGGGCCCGUCUACGAAUGGCUCUACGAUCACCGACCACUUCUUGAUACACCCCAUGUGAAUGGGCCGAGCUAUAGGAAGUGGAACUUGGAUCUUCCACAGAUGGCCACCCUUUAUCGAUUAAGUCACCAGCUUCUGAGUGACGUGGUCGACCAAAACUACUUUCAUAUGUUUGAUUUGAACAGCUUCUUCACCGCGAAGGCGCUGAACGUUGCUAUUCCCGGCGGUCCUCGCUUCGAGCCUUUGUACAAGGAUAUUGAUCCCAAUGACGAGGACUUUAGCGAGUUCAACGCGAUCGACCGUAUCAUCUUCCGCGCGCCAAUCCGAACAGAAUACCGAGUCGCUUAUCCUUUCCUGUAUAAUACACUUCCAAGAAGCGUCAGACUCUCUUGGUACUCCCACCCGCAAGUUGUAUAUGUCCGGACCGACGAUCCCAACCUUCCUGCUUUCUACUUCGACCCUGUCAUCAACCCGAUCUCUUCCCGCUCCGUCGCGCCCAAAAACAUUUCAAUUAGCCACGAGGAUGAGAUAUUUGGACCUGGAGAAAAUGAGGAUGACUUUGAGCUUCCCGAGGAGGCUGAGCCAUUCUUCGCGGAGGAAGACCUCUACACGCCUGAGACCGCGUCUGCUAUCGCCUUGUGGUGGGCCCCCCAUCCGUUCAACAAGCGAUCCGGAAAAAUGGUUCGCGCGCAGGAUGUUCCACUGGUCAAGCAGUGGUACUUGGAGCACUGCCCUCAGGGUCAGCCCGUCAAAGUCCGCGUGUCAUACCAGAAGCUUCUCAAGACAUACGUGCUUAACGAGUUACACCAAAAUAAGCCCAAGGCUCAAAGCAAACAGGAUCUGCUAAAGACUCUUAAGUCGACCAAGUUCUUCCAGCAGACAACAAUCGACUGGGUUGAAGCUGGUCUGCAGGUCUGCCGUCAAGGUUUCAACAUGCUGAAUCUCUUGAUCCACCGCAAGAAUUUGACCUACCUGCACUUGGAUUACAACUUCAACUUGAAGCCUGUCAAGACCUUGACAACCAAGGAGCGAAAGAAGUCUCGUUUUGGAAACGCCUUCCACCUGAUGCGUGAAAUUCUCCGUCUCACGAAGCUGAUCGUCGACGCCCAGGUUCAAUACCGUCUGGGUAACAUCGAUGCCUUCCAACUGGCCGAUGGUAUCCUCUAUGCCUUCAACCAUGUGGGACAGCUGACUGGUAUGUACCGUUACAAGUACAAGUUGAUGCACCAGAUCCGAUCUUGCAAAGACUUGAAGCAUCUCAUCUACUACCGUUUCAACUCUGGGCCUGUCGGUAAGGGCCCCGGCUGCGGUUUCUGGGCCCCAGCUUGGCGUGUCUGGCUCUUCUUCAUGCGUGGUAUCAUUCCUCUCCUUGAAAGAUGGCUCGGAAACUUGCUCUCUCGUCAGUUCGAGGGCCGUCACAGCAAGGGAGUGGCCAAGACAGUCACCAAGCAACGUGUGGAGUCUCAUUUCGAUCUUGAACUCCGUGCGUCUGUUAUGGCUGAUUUGAUGGACAUGAUGCCCGAAGGUAUCAAACAGAAUAAGGUGAACACCGUUCUGCAACAUCUUUCGGAAGCAUGGAGAUGCUGGAAGAGUAACAUCCCUUGGAAGGUUCCUGGCCUUCCUGCCCCCAUCGAGAACAUCAUCUUGCGGUAUGUCAAGAGCAAGGCAGAUUGGUGGAUUUCGGUAGCGCACUACAACCGUGAGAGAAUUAGACGUGGCGCGACGGUAGACAAGACUGUCGCUAAGAAAAACUUGGGUCGACUGACUCGUCUAUGGCUCAAAUCCGAGCAAGAGCGGCAGCACAACUAUCUUAAGGACGGCCCCUACGUGUCAUCUGAGGAGGCUGUGGCUAUUUACACUACAAUGGUGCACUGGCUAGAGUCCCGCAAGUUCUCGCCAAUUCCAUUCCCCAGUGUUUCAUACAAGCACGACACGAAGAUUUUGAUUCUUGCUUUGGAGCGUUUGCGCGAGUCCUACUCUGUCAAGGGACGGUUGAACCAGAGUCAGCGUGAGGAAUUGGCCCUUAUCGAACAGGCGUACGAUUCUCCUGGAACGACAUUGGCAAGGAUUAAGCGUUUCCUUCUUACACAGCGCGCGUUCAAGGAAGUUGGAAUUGACAUGAACGACAACUACAACAACAUCAACCCGGUUUAUGAUGUCGAGCCCAUUGAGAAGAUUACGGAUGCCUAUUUGGACCAGUAUCUCUGGUACCAGGCUGAACAGCGUCACCUGUUCCCCGCUUGGAUCAAGCCGUCUGAUUCUGAAGUCCCUCCCUUGUUGACCUACAAGUGGGCUCAGGGAAUUAACAAUCUGUCUAAUGUUUGGGAAACUGCUGAUGGUGAGACAAACGUGAUGAUCGAGACAGAACUGUCUAAAGUCUACGAGAAGAUUGAUCUGACGCUACUGAACCGACUUCUUCGUCUGGUUAUGGACCACAACUUGGCCGACUAUAUCACCUCUAAGAACAACGUCCAGCUGAGCUACAAGGACAUGAAUCACACCAACAGCUAUGGUUUGAUUCGUGGUCUCCAGUUCUCCGGCUUCGUUUUCCAAUUCUACGGGUUGAUGAUUGAUUUGCUGCUUCUUGGCCUGCAAAGAGCCAGUGAAAUGGCUGGCCCUCCUCAAAGCCCCAAUGACUUUUUACAGUUCAGGGACCGUGCAACCGAAACACGACACCCGAUCCGACUGUAUACCCGCUACGUCGACAAAAUUUGGGUCUUCUUCCGAUUCAAUGCAGACGAGUCGCGCGAUCUGAUUCAACGCUUCUUAACGGAAAACCCGGAUCCGAACUUUGAGAACGUUAUUGGCUACAAGAACAAAAAGUGCUGGCCUCGAGACUGCCGUAUGCGCUUGAUGCGUCACGAUGUUAACCUGGGUCGUGCCGUCUUCUGGGAUCUGAAGAACCGUCUCCCUCGAUCAAUCACCACGAUUGACUGGGAUGACACAUUCUCCAGUGUCUACAGCAAGGAUAACCCCAACCUUCUGUUCUCGAUGUCCGGCUUCGAGGUUCGGAUCCUUCCCAAGUCUCGCAACCUCAAUGAAGAGUUCUCGGUGAAGGACAGCGUUUGGUCGUUGGUGGACAACUCGACGAAAGAACGCACAGCACACGCCUUCCUCCAGGUCACUGAGGAGGAUAUUCAAAAGUUCAACAACCGGAUUCGACAGAUCCUUAUGUCCUCCGGUUCGACGACCUUCACCAAGAUCGCAAACAAGUGGAACACUGCCCUGAUUGCGCUUUUCACCUACUACCGUGAAGCUGCAGUAUCUACAGUGAACCUCCUAGACACAAUUGUCAAGUGCGAGACCAAGAUCCAGACUCGUGUCAAGAUCGGUCUGAACUCCAAGAUGCCGUCCCGUUUCCCUCCGGCUGUCUUCUACACACCCAAGGAACUUGGAGGUCUUGGUAUGAUUUCAGGCUCUCACAUUCUCAUCCCGGCCAGCGACAAGCGGUGGUCGAAGCAGACCGAUACCGGCAUCACCCACUUCCGUGCCGGUAUGUCACAUGACGAGGAAACCUUAAUUCCGAAUAUCUUCAGGUACAUCAUACCCUGGGAAGCAGAAUUCAUUGAUUCACAACGAGUAUGGAUGGAGUACUCCCAAAAACGUAUGGAAGCCCAGCAGCAAAACCGUCGCUUAACCCUGGAGGAUCUCGAAGACAGCUGGGACCGCGGUCUGCCCCGUAUCAACACGCUGUUCCAGAAGGAUCGCAGCACACUCAGUUUCGACAAGGGAUUCCGUCUUCGUGCUGAAUUCAAGCAGUAUCAGCUCAUGAAGAGCAAUCCUUUCUGGUGGACUAGCCAAAGGCACGAUGGAAAGCUUUGGAAUCUGAACGCUUACCGUACCGACGUCAUACAAGCUCUGGGUGGUGUCGAGACCAUUUUAGAGCACACUUUGUUCAAGGCAACGGCCUUUCCAUCCUGGGAGGGUCUAUUCUGGGAAAAAGCGAGCGGUUUCGAAGAGUCAAUGAAAUUCAAGAAGCUCACAAACGCCCAGCGGUCUGGUUUGAAUCAGAUUCCGAACCGUCGGUUCACCCUUUGGUGGUCCCCAACCAUCAACCGUGCCAAUGUCUAUGUCGGUUUCCAGGUGCAACUGGAUCUCACUGGUAUCUUCUUGCACGGAAAGAUCCCUACGCUGAAGAUCUCUUUGAUCCAGAUCUUCCGUGCUCACUUGUGGCAGAAGAUUCACGAGUCUGUAGUCAUGGAUUUGUGUCAGGUCUUUGAUCAGGAACUUGAGCAACUCGGCAUCGAAGCGGUUCAGAAGGAAACUAUCCACCCACGUAAAUCCUACAAAAUGAACAGUUCAUGUGCGGAUAUUUUGCUCUUCGCCACCAACAAGUGGAACGUCACCCGCCCCUCCAUUCUCUUCGAUACGAAGGACGUAUACGAGCCGACGACGACAAACAAAUUUUGGCUCGAUGUGCAACUCCGAUAUGGUGAUUACGACUCUCACGACAUCGAACGAUACGUUCGUGCUAAGUACCUUGACUACACCACCGACAGUAUGAGUAUCUAUCCAUCUGCGACAGGUUUGAUGAUUGCAGUUGAUCUUGCGUACAAUCUGUACUCUGCGUACGGACAGUACUUCCCUGGCCUGAAGACUCUUGUUCAGCAGGCGAUGGCGAAGGUCAUGAAGGCCAAUCCCGCCCUCUACGUGUUGAGGGAACGUAUCCGGAAGGGUCUCCAACUCUACGCCUCUGAAAGCAACCAGGAGUUCCUCAACUCGCAAAACUACUCCGAGCUAUUCAGUCCGCAGAUCCAGCUGUUUAUCGAUGAUACCAACGUCUACCGUGUUACCAUCCACAAAACCUUCGAAGGUAACCUUACUACCAAGCCUAUCAACGGUGCCAUCUUCAUUUUCAAUCCUAGAACCGGACAACUGUUCUUGAAAAUUAUCCACACCAGUGUCUGGGCAGGACAGAAGCGUCUCGGUCAGCUUGCCAAGUGGAAGACAGCAGAAGAAGUCGCCGCGCUUAUUCGUUCCUUGCCUGUCGAAGAACAGCCCAAGCAGCUCAUUGUUACCCGUAAGGGUCUACUUGACCCUCUCGAAGUUCAUCUCCUUGAUUUCCCUAACAUCUCUAUCCGUGCUUCCGAGCUUCAGCUGCCUUUCCAGGCUGCUAUGAAGGUUGAGAAACUCGCAGAUAUGAUCUUGCGCGCAACGGAGCCUCAGAUGGUCCUGUUCAACCUCUACGAUGAAUGGCUCAAGACCAUCUCGCCAUACACUGCCUUCUCAAGACUGAUUUUGAUCUUGCGUGCUCUUCACGUUAACAUUGACAAGGCGAAGAUCAUUCUGCGGCCCGAUAAGAGUGUCAUUACCCUAGAGCAUCACAUCUGGCCGUCCCUUUCCGAUGAGGACUGGAUGAAGGUCGAAGUGCAGCUGCGUGACUUGAUUUUGAACGACUACGGCAAGAAGAACAACGUCAAUGUUCAGAGUUUGACAAGCAGUGAAGUCCGAGAUAUCAUUCUUGGUAUGGAAAUCAGUGCGCCAUCGUUGCAGCGACAACAAGCUGCGGAGAUUGAGAAGCAGCAGGAGGAGGCGAAGCAGCUUACAGCUGUUACCACAAAGACACAGAACGUCCGUGGUGAAGACAUUAUUGUUACUACAACGUCUCAGUAUGAACAACAGUCGUUCGCGUCGAAGACCGAGUGGCGUACCCGUGCGAUCGCGACGUCCAACCUCCGCACUCGGGCCAACAAUAUCUACGUCUCUUCAGAUGAUAUCCGCGAGGAGGGUUACACGUACAUCAUGCCCAAGAACGUUCUCAAGCGAUUCAUCAUGAUUGCGGAUCUUCGGGUGCAGGUGGCCGGAUACCUCUACGGUAGCUCGCCACCGGAUAAUGACCAGGUGAAGGAAGUUCGAACGAUUGUCAUGAUCCCACAGGUCGGUAAUACCCGCGAAGUUCAACUGCCGCAGCAAUUGCCGCAGCACGAUUAUCUCAAUGGCUUGGAGCCCCUCGGUGUCAUCCACACUAUCUCCGGUAAUGAGCCGCCUUACAUGACGGCGCAGGACGUAACUCAACAUUCCCGCCUCAUGAAUGCUCAUUCGUCUUGGGACAAGAAGACGGUGACGAUGACUGUCUCGUUCACACCGGGUUCGGUUUCCCUUGCAGCAUGGGGGCUCACCCCACAGGGUUACAAGUGGGGAGCUGAAAACCGCGAUACCACGUCCGACCAGCCUCAGGGAUUCUCGACCAACUUGGGCGAGAAAUGCCAGCUGCUGCUCAGUGACAAGAUUCGUGGAUAUUUCCUCGUUCCCGAGGACAACUUGUGGAAUUACAGCUUCAUGGGAAGCUCGUACGGAAGCGUCGAGAAGCGCCCUGUGUAUGUCAAAAUUGAUACGCCUCUCAGAUUCUACGACGAUCAGCAUCGCCCUCUGCACUUCCAGAACUUCGCCGAACUGGAGGACAUCUGGGUUGAUCGAUCUGAUAACUUUGCUUAA